GGCCCGCUCGGGGGGUUUCGCUUCCGGGACGGUGUUCCGGCCCGUUCCCACCCCCGGGAGCUGGGUUGUACUCCUACAACUGGGGCAGCCAUGGAGAAAAGUGGAAACAUUCAGCUGGAGAUCCCUGACUUCAGCAACUCUGUCCUGAGCCACCUCAACCAGCUGCGCAUGCAGGGCCGCCUGUGUGACAUAGUGGUCAACGUGCAAGGACAAGCUUUCCGUGCUCACAAAGUGGUGCUGGCUGCUAGCUCACCCUACUUCCGUGACCAUAUGUCAUUGAACGAGAUGAGCACGGUCUCCAUUUCAGUCAUUAAGAACCCCACUGUUUUUGAGCAGCUCCUUUCCUUUUGUUAUACCGGGCGGAUAUGCCUGCAGUUGGCUGACAUCAUCAGUUACCUAACAGCAGCCAGCUUCCUGCAGAUGCAGCACAUUAUAGACAAAUGCACGCAGAUCCUCGAGGGAAUUCACUUCAAAAUUAACGUGGCAGAGGUUGAAGCUGAACCGAGCCAGACUAGAACAAAGCAUCAGGAGAGACCCCCAGAGUCUCACCGGGUUACCCCAAAUCUAAACCGCUCUCUGAGCCCACGCCACAACACUCCAAAAGGGAGUCGUCUAGGCCAGGUCAGCACUGUGCUGGACAUUCGGGAGCUGAGCCCCCCUGAGGAGUCCACCAGCCCUCAGAUAAUUGAGCAGAGUUCAGAUGUAGAGAGCAGGGAGCCCAUACUGCGGAUUAACAGAGCAGGACAGUGGUACGUUGAGACAGGAGUGGCAGACCGUGGGGGACGGAAUGACGAUGAUGUUAGGGUGCUUGGAGGAGUGCGCAUUAAAACAGAGAACCUGGAGGAGUGGCUGGGAACGGAGAAUCAGCCAUCGGGAGAAGAUGGGAGCAGCGCUGAGGAGGUCACGACCAUGGUAAUUGACACAACAGGCCACGGAUCGAUGGGCCAGGAGACUUACACAUUAGGGUCAUCAGGAGCCAAAGUGGUUAGGCCAACCAGCAGUGAGAUUGACAGAUUUAGCCCUUCGGGCAGCAUGGUUACUGUAACUGAGCGGUACAGAUCGAAAAGUGAGUCUCCCGGGCGGAUGGAUGAGCCUAAGCAGCCCAAUUCCCAGGUGGAGGAGUCUGCCAUGAUUGGAGUGAGCGGUUAUGUUGAGUAUCUCCGUGAACAGGAAGUGUCUGAGCGGUGGUUCCGGUACAACCCGCGGCUCACCUGCAUCUACUGUGCCAAAUCCUUCAACCAGAAAGGCAGUCUAGACCGGCACAUGCGUCUCCACAUGGGCAUCACGCCCUUCGUCUGCCGCAUGUGCGGUAAAAAGUACACCCGCAAGGAUCAGCUGGAGUACCACAUCCGCAAGCACACAGGCAACAAGCCCUUUCAUUGCCACGUUUGCGGCAAGAGCUUCCCCUUCCAGGCCAUCCUCAACCAACACUUUCGCAAAAACCACCCUGGCUGUGUGCCUCUGGAGGGGCCGCACAGCAUUUCCCCCGAGACCACCGUCACCUCCAGGGGGCAGGCGGAGGAAGAGUCUCCCCCGCAGGAGGAAGCUGUUGUGGCAGGGGAAACGGCACAGGGAUCUGUGUCCACCACCGGGCCAGAUUGAAACGGGCUGUGGGGGAGGACCCUCUUCCCGUUUGGCUGUAAGCAGUCAGCACCGAGACGGCGGGCUGGUACUGGUAUCAGUGCAAUGCCACCACCGGACAGGAUGUUGCCAAAACAGAAGAUUAACAAAAACAAAGUGCUAAAAGCUUUCCCCCUUUUCCUCAUCUCCUUGGGAAAAAACAAAACUGGGUCAAUCGACUUCUGAUUCAGGGAUCGACGGGAUUUUUUAAUGUUUUUAAUAUAUUCAAUAGCGAUCCAGGAGAAGCAGUCGUUUUAUUUCUUGACCGCAUUUUGGCUCAGCACCUCGGUCUCUGUGGUGGUGUUGGCUGUAAUGGCCCUAAUUCAGUGAGUGCAGUGCACAGGUGUCUGUCUUCGCAACAGCUGCUGGUCCAUCACAUGAGGUAGCAGGGGCAAGGAACACUUAACCUCCCCUUUUCCCAGGUAGUUGUCAUGUUAAAGAAAUCUCACUCUCCUGGUGGAUCUUGCCCUGCCUGAGUGUAUUUAUCCUGUCUUAUUUUGGUGUGUCUCUUUUAAAAUUUUAAUUAAACCAUUAUUUUAG